GCUCCCCGGGCUCCCCGCUCCCCGGCCAUGGCGUUCAUGGUGAAGAGCAUGGUGGGGGGGCAGCUGAAGAACCUCACGGGCGGGCUGGGCGGCGAGGAGAAGAGCGAGAGCGAGAAGUCGCCGGCGGAGGCGCAGGGCAUGACCCGCGAGGAGUACGAGGAGUAUCAGCGGCAGCUGGUGGAGGAGAAGAUGGAAAGAGAUGCCCAGUUUGCCCAGCGCAAGGCGGAGAGGGCCACAUUCAGGUCCCACUUCCGAGACAAGUACCGGCUCCCCAAGAACGAAACCGAUGACAACCAGAUCCAGCUGGUGGGAGGCGACGUGGAGCUGCCCAAAGAGCUGGCCAAGAUGAUCGAGCAGGACAACGAGGAGGAGGAGGAGAAGAACUCCGUCAUCGGGCAGCUCAGCAACAUCCAGAACCUGGACCUUGACUCCCUGAAGGACAAAGCCUCGGCCACGCUGGAGGACCUCAAGCAGUCGGCCGAGAAGUGUGCCGUGAUGUGAGGCGGCCGAGCCCCGCUCCCCGUCGACGCGACAGCUCUCUCCCUCGCCGCGCCGCGGGAGAGGGGGGGGACGCCGCCAGGGCGACCUGCCACGGGCCCCCCCAUGUUGCCACCCUCGCCCGCGCGAGCCGGGUCCUGCUCCAGAGCCGUGUUCAGCCUCGAAUCCCUGACCCCGCCGUCCCCGUGCCGUGCGUGCCGGUGGCCCCGUCGUGCCGUUCCUGUUUCGUUCUGUCCCCAGCCCGAGGUUAGAGGGAGAGGCAGCCCACCCCCCCCCCCGCCGUGCCCACCGCGCGGCCCCGGCGCCUGCGUUCGGCGGGAGCUGGGGGGCUGCGGGAAGCGGUGCCCGGUGACCUUGGCGUGUUAUUGAACUGCGUCAGCACGUGGGAAGCCAGAGCCUUUCUGGCAGAGCAGGGCCGCGUGCUGUUCCUCUGCCUACACAUACGCGGAGGCUCCCAGGAGCGACGGGGAGGAUCCCGUCUGCUCGGCGAGGACGAGGCACAAGGAGAAAUGCCCCCCCGCUGCCUGGCACCCGAGGGAUAACAUCCUGCCCGUGCCAGAAACAGCAACCGCGCUGCCCUCGAGGGCCCUCUCGUGCCAUGCGACCCCAUCUGACAGAGCCGGGGGGGUGCGCGGGGUGGGGGGGGAGCCCAGCGAGGCAAAGCCCGAAUUAGUGCUGAGCCAGGAAUAAACCCCUGCUCGGGGGUGCUCCGCUUCGCCCGCCCGAGCCCUUCCCGCAGCGCGGCCCUCCGCUUCCCGGGUGGGAUCGGCUGGGGUCCUCAUUCCUUCCCGGAGAAGAACAAAAAAAGAAAAAAAGAAAAAAAAAAAGACCCGUGCGUGAGGGAGCGAUGCCUCCGUACCUGUCGUGCCGUACUUGUGCGCUGUGCUCCUUUGGGUGUCUGCACCUCCUGUGCUGUCCCUGUGCCGUGGCACUCUUAUAGCCGGUGGAAUAAAUACCAGGAGAUGUCUAUGCA